UUUUUUAAAUAAAUAGCAAAUAAUCUUUUAUUGUGUAAUUAAUUAUAGUAAUUUAUGUCGCGUUUGGUGAUUUUGACGCUACGAUUGGUAACAUUGCGCGUCACGCCUUGAGGGGGCUGUUAAGGCGGUGUGAUACUCACUUUACCUUCAAUUUAAUUGGUUUUUCAUGGUACCUAUAAAAGGCAAAAGCCAGAAAGUUGGAGUAUUUUUUCGUAAGGCAUGGAAGCACGAAAACCGGUACUUAACCAAAAAAACGAAGCGGUUAUUCGAGUGAAGAGUGCCGUGCCGAAAAACCGCCAAGACUUGCUAAAAUGGAACGGGUGGGGGUAUCGAGACUCGAAAUUCAUUUUCGACAGUGCUGCCAACGAGGUGCGCUUUACGGGGCAAAGAUAUCCCAUCGGUGACCUCCGCUUGCCCCAUUUGAUGGGCUGGGUGAAGGAAAACUUCGAUGUUGAUUUUUCCAAACCUAAGAAAGCGCAGGAAGUCCCUCCAGAGGAGAAAUUCCCCAAACCGCAAAUAUCCCCAGAGAAUCUCGCCAGAAUAACCAACCUGGACAUAAGUUACUCCCUGAAGGGCCUAGACCGGCUCAUUCGGGCCCACGGACAGACCCUACAUGACAUAUACACCCUUCGAACGUCGUUUUUCGAACGUAUCCCCGACAUUGUGGUGUGGCCAACCUGUCACAGUGACGUUGUCAAGUUGGUACGACUGGCUGAUGAGUCGGACAUGGUCGUUAUACCGUUCGGGGGCGGGACUGCGGUUUCGGGCGCCGUCGAGUGUCCCACCGGGGAAUCCCGAACCAUUAUCUCCCUAGAUACGUCCCAAAUGAACCGGAUUUUAUGGAUAGAUCGCGAGAAUCUCGUCGCUUGUUGCGAGAGCGGGAUCAUAGGCCAAGACCUGGAACGUGAACUCCGGAAACUGGGCUUCACUUCCGGGCACGAGCCUGACAGCUACGAGUUCUCGAGUCUAGGAGGCUGGGUGGCUACGAGGGCGUCCGGAAUGAAGAAAAAUUUGUAUGGCAACAUUGAGGAUCUCCUAGUGCAUGUCAAAAUGGUGACGCCGAAAGGUGUCCUUGAGAAGAACUGUCAAGUCCCUCGUUUGAGUUGCGGGCCGGACUUUAACCACGUGAUUAUGGGUUCGGAAGGCUCGCUCGGGGUAAUCACCGAAGUGGUGAUCAAAAUCCGACCAUUGCCGAAGUGCCAUCGGUUCGGUUCGAUCGUUUUCCCCGAUUUUGAGGCGGGGCUUGCGUGUAUGCGUGAAGUUGCCAGGCAACGGUGCCAGCCAUCUUCGAUUCGGUUGAUGGACAAUGGACAGUUUAAAUUCGGGAUGAUUUUGAAGCCGGAAUCGAGUUACCUUGGCUUGAUUUUGGACGGUUUGAAGAAGUUUUAUGUUACAAAAAUCAAGGGUUUUAAUGUCGAUACGAUGUGUGUCAUGACUUUGCUCUUUGAGGGGGAGGAAGCGGACGUGAAGGCGCAGGAGAAAAAAAUAUAUAGUAUAGGGUUGCAGUUUGGGGGCAUGCCGGCGGGGCAGACCAACGGGGAGCGGGGGUACAUGCUCACUUUCGUCAUAGCCUACAUCAGGGACCUGGCUUUGGAGUACGAGAUCGUGGCGGAGUCUUUCGAGACUUCAGUCCCGUGGGACCGCGCCCUAGUCCUGUGUAAAAACGUGAAAGAGGUCAUAGCCCAGGAAUGCCGAUCCCAAGGGAUUAAAUAUUACAUGAUAAACUGCCGAGUGACCCAAACCUACGACGCCGGUUGUGUCAUCUACUUCUAUCUCGGUUUCAAUCACCGUGAUGUUGAGAAUCCCGUCACAGUUCACGAAAUCCUUGAAACAAAAGCCAGGGAUGAAAUUAUAGCUUGUGGUGGGAGUAUUUCGCACCAUCACGGAGUUGGAAAACUAAGAAGGCGGUGGUAUGCAGGAACGGUGUCACAAGUAGGCGUCGACUUGUAUUUAGCCACGAAGAAGGAGUUGGAUCCGAAGAAUAUCUUCGCGACGAAUAAUUUAAUUAAGGCCAAAUUGUGAAGUUACCUUUGUAUUUUUGUAUUACUGUGAUAUGGAGUGGCAUUGAGCGUGUUUCGUUUGUUUGUUUUUUUUAAUAAUAAAUGUGUGAAAUUGA